AGUAACAAUGACGUCAUUUGUCGCACAUUUUCCUGACAACGAAGACUACGCACAGCGGAGGGGAUCUAUGUCGUGGACGUUGCGAUGGUGAAAUCAACCGUUCAAGAAAGUUUAGAUGAAGCUUUCGAACAGAGAUUAACGAUCAUGGAUGAACCUUGGGCUGCCGACUACAGAUUUGCAGAGAGUCGACUGUCACGCCGGGACCAGCAUUCUCUUCGUCACGUACAGAGAAGACCAUCUUCAGAAGUCAGGAAUAGAAUCAAACAGAGGAAACCUUUACCAGAAAAUAAACACGAAUGUUGCAAAUAUGAGCAUGUCACGAACAACGAGGAGAGAGGCAUUCUGGGUACAUCAGUGACGUCACCGAUCAGACUCGAACACGAAGCUUACACGGCAAAGGAGUUUAAACAUCAACACUUCCUUGAUGGUGCAUCAUUCAACGAUUCUGUCGGUACAUGUGUACAACCUACCUCAGCUUCAUCCACGUGUCCAGAGGUCGGCGUAUGCUGUGAUCACUUCUUGCCACCUAAGCAAAGCUGUCCACAGAACAACCAUGCAUGGGCAUCAACUACAGGAAAUGCACCAGCACCACGUCACUCUAGCACCACUUUAGGCAAACGCCACGGUGAGGUCAUUGAAGUGAAGAAACCUGGUUUAAAACACCCCGAUAGCAAAGAGAGUUCUACUUACUGUGUGCAAAAUUACAAAAGAAGACUUACCAAUUCCUCAAAAAUCGUUACUCCGACUAAAACUAUUCGAAAUAUUGAAUGCAAAGGCAAUGAAAUCACUCAUGAAAAUAAAGAUGGCUUUAAACGCCAGCGUGAACAUGGUGGAGAAGCUCAUUUCAGCGGUAAACGCUCGCGUCCACAACUUUGGCUAAGACACCCGAAGAACGACGAGUUCGAGGAUAUGACUGAUGAAAUCAAUGUCGUCGUCGAUUCGAGGACUGCAAUGCUUUCUUCGUUGCAGGAACCGCAGACUCACAGCCAUCAGUUUAAGAGGACUCUGGUCAAAUCCGACCGUGUACGGCACUAGGGGGAGAUUCUAACUGACAAGAAAUACGUGAACGCGAACAAGGAGGGGAGUACAGGGUGAACGAAGGGAGGAAUACUGUAAGCGUGACCAAGGGUCGGGCGUGUGAACACAUGAUAAUCUUUGUGAACGUUAACAAUACGAGAAGGGAGAGGAGUUAACAAGGGGAUUGUGCUAUAACUAUACAAAAUUGUUAUUUCUUAUAUGCUUUUGGAAGAUUUUACGUAUGUACUAUUGAGGGAAGAAAAUUUAUUUAACUACUUUAUAACACAAUUUUAUGUGAUUUUUACCGUUUUUCCCUCCCAAAAUACAGCACGGCACGCUUUUGUAAAACAUAUUUUACACAAAUAUACCUGACUUUUAAAAUCUGAACACUAUUCAGAAAAAAUGUAUAUGUUGAGGAAUUCAUUAAACUUGUUGA